CAGGUAGUGACUGCUCGUAUUUAUAAUCCUCGGCGAGCAUGCCGGCGAACGUUAAUGGAAGCGACUCUCAGUUGUUGUCCAACCGCCGUCACGUCAAACUAAAAAUUGUCCACUUGCUGUGCCACCUUGAACUAUAAGAGACACGAUGUCGCUUCUAACUGGCAGCGCCAAUGCGGUGAAAUACACGCUCUUUGGAUUUAAUUUGAUCUUUUUGAUCACUGGCAUAAUUCUGAUUGCCGUUGGAGCCGGCGUCGGAGCCGUCUAUACCGGCUAUGAACUCUUUCUGGCCGGAAAGUUCUUCUCAAUCCCCACCUUCCUGAUCGUGAUCGGUGCAUUUAUCAUCGUUAUCUCGUUCUUUGGCUGCUGGGGUGCUUUGAAGGAGAACUACUGCCUGGUGCUUAGCUUCUCCAUUAUGCUGGCCAUCAUCUUUAUCCUGGAGCUGGCCGCCGGUAUCAGUGGCUAUGUUCUUCGUAACGAUGCCUCUGACCUGAUCAGAAAGUCUCUGACCACUUCGAUGGCAGACUACAAAAGCCUACAGCAGAAUCCAACCACAACGCUCUGGGACGAUGUACAGCGUGACUUCGACUGCUGCGGUGUGAGUUCCUACAAAGACUGGAGCAAAACGCUCGGCGAGACCAACCUGCCUAUGUCCUGCUGCAGUAUUCCGGUGGGUACGGUGGGAACCUUCAAUUGCACGACCGCAGUAUCCAGUGCGGACGCUCGCCACUCUAACGGCUGUCUCGAUGGCUUCUCGGACUACAUUGCUGCUCACGCUGUCAGCCUGGGAGCAGCGGGCGUGGUCAUUGCCAUCCUGCAGUUCUUCGGCGUAAUCUUUGCCUGCUUUAUUGCCCGUGAGAUCAAGAUCCGUAAUGGCAUAACUGGAUUUAUAUAAAUCAAGAAGAAAUUGGUUUUAAAAGUUCCAGAACGGGUGCUAGAUGAGCCGAGUGUGGCUUUUUAAAUUUAAGACAUUGCUAAAUUUGAUUGAUUUCGUAUAGUUCUAUAUUGGCUUUUUCUUAUGCUUAUAUGAAUAAAAAAAAAAUACAUAUAUACUGAUACAUAAAAGAGUUUACUUGUGAAAUUAUUAUAAAUACA